AUGUCGACGGCAUCAUGUCAAGAUGACACUUUUGGGCCUUGGGCAGGUCCUCAGUGCCGCGGCGGCUUCGACUUUACUUUGCUCUUCGAGGAAACGAUCCUCUCUGUUCUGCUUUCUGGAUUCUUCAUCCUCCUUUCUCCAUUGCGGAUUCUCGCACUUUUCGCAGCGCCAAUAAGAGUCAAGUCAAGUCCGUUGAACUGGGCCAAGAAGAUUACCUCGACAUGCUUCAUCGCACUAAGCGCCGCCCUCGUUGGCCUCUGGGUAGUGAAUUCCAGCAAGUCGCCUUCUUCUGCCAUCACUUACACGCGCGCCACAAUUGCAAGCUCUGCGCUUAACUUGGUUCUAUCCCUACUAUACGCUCUUUUGUCCCAUCUCGAGCAUCGAUCGUCUUUCCGACCAUCAUUUCUCAUAUCCGUCUAUUUGGUCCUGUCAAUUCUAUUUGACGCGGCCCGCUCUCGCACGCUAUGGAUGCUCGAAAAUGCUGGCGGCAGCUCUAUCCCCGUCGUCUUUACAGCGAGUUUGGCGUUGAGGGCUGUGAUGCUCCUGUUCGAGUCCACAGAGAAACGAUCUGUCUUAACAGAUGAAUACAAAAAUGUCUCGGAAGAGGGCGCAAGCGGGCCCUACAAUCUAGGUGUAUUCUACUGGCUCAGCUCCUUAUUUUUCACUGGUUACAAGAAGAUUCUUGCGCACGAGGAUCUGUAUCAGCUUGACGAGACAUUGCGAUCUGCGCCUCUAGCGAAGAAAAUGUCAGAGGCUUGGGGAGAGGUAUCUGACAAGAGCAAAUCUGGCGCACUACUCGGUGUUUGGAUCAAGACAUUUAUAGGCCCAUUGACGAUACCAAUAAUCCCUCGACUGUUUCAGAUUGGCUUCACUUACACUCAACCGUUCUUGAUCACAGCAGCAAUAAACCUUGCAGCCACACCGCAGACUCAGCAGUUUAACAACAAUGGGUACGGACUAAUCGGGGCCUAUAUUCUCGUAUAUACAGGCAUGGCUGUAUCGGUAACCCAAUAUGAAUGGCAGAACAGUCGUGCUAUUACCAUGAUGCGUGGCAGCCUAAUACCCCUCAUCUACGAAAAAACACUUCAUGUUGAUUCGACAAGCCCGUCAAGGUCUGCUCCCAGCGGCACAUUGACGCUCGUGAGUACGGAUAUCGAAACAAUAUCUGGCGGAAUCAUGCUAUUUCAUCAAACAUGGAGCAGCAUCCUCGAAAUUGGGAUCGCCAUCUAUCUUCUAGAGAGGCAAUUGGGCGCCGCAUGUGUAAUGAGUGUAGGUUUUGCAAUUGUCGUCAUGAUUGGCUCUGGCUUCCUAGCUGGGCCAAUUGGAAAGCAUCAAGCAGCGUGGAUCGCGGCAUCACAGCGGCGAGUAACCGCGACCUCGAAAGCCCUCGGAAGCGUCAAAUGGCUGAAGAUUUCAGGCCUUACCGAUGUAGCUUUCAACGGGAUCAGAAGACUUCGAACCCAAGAGCUAGCUGCAUCAACCAAGUUUCGUUUGUUCCUUGGAGUCACCAUCGUACUCUCUAUCUGCACGCCUGUUUUUGGUCCGCUCCUCACUUUUGCUACCGCUGCGGGCAUAGCCUCGCGUGGCAAUGGUGAUUUGACCAUUGCAAAGAUCUUUACAUCGUAUUCCCUCAUUGUUUUACUUAAUACUCCUUUAUCCAUGUUCACCGCCUCUAUGCCUGCAAUUGCUGGAGCCGUGACAUCUUUUCAAAGAGUUCAAGACUAUCUCAACGUGACUCAGAGGAAGGAUAAUCGCAGUUCACCUAGUCAAGGUAACAGAGAUGAUCGGACUACAAAAAUGGAGGCUUCGCAGAUGGUCCCUGAUGCUACGACAGAGAAAACCUUCAACAAAGGGAAAUCUCUCAGCCGCGUGACUGCUUUGGAACCAGACGUUAUUGCUUCCAUCAGCGGCAGAUUUUCCUGGCCUCCAGAGGCAACAUCUGCUCAAAGCAGCGAUGUCACACCUCAAGACACACCCAGUGACGAGAAUCAAGAGAAUUCGGCCCAUAACGAAAGACCGCCAGUUAUUGAUAUCUGUCCCCGCAUUGACAUCCGCCGCCAAACAUUAACGCUUAUUCUCGGGCCUGUCGGUUGUGGCAAAUCGACUCUUCUCAAGGCCCUGUUAGGCGAGUUGUCAAAUUUUGACGGCUCAAUCCAGACUCGAUUUUCUGGCGCUGUGACCUUUUGUGACCAAACUCCUUGGCUUCCUAACGAGAAGAUCCGAGAAAUUAUUUGCGGAAGAUCUGCCCAAGAUGCAAAUAUGCUUGAAGAGAAAGAAAUGAGUGAAGAUGCGGAUUGGUACCGUUGUAUUAUAAACGCAUGCGCCUUAGAAAGGGACAUCGCUAUGUGGCCACAAGGAGACCAAACAUCCGUAGGAUCCAAGGGAAUCUCAAUAAGCGGAGGCCAGAAACAACGCUUGUCAAUGGCGCGAGCGGCCUUUGCUCGCAGUGAAUUACUAGUAAUGGACGAUUGCUUCAGCGGACUCGAUGCGAACACUGAAGAUACAGUUUUUGAAAAUCUUCUAAGUCAAGAAGGAAUUCUCCGCAAAGCAAAUAUGACCAUUGUCCUUGCGUCUUCAGACUAUCGUCGCGUCCCAUACGCGGAUCAAAUCAUCUUGCUGAAUGAGCAAGGCCAACUUCAGUAUGCGGGUAGCGUCGAUGAUCUCAAGGAAAAUGCCGAUUUUAAGUGGCUUCUGGGAGAUUCCGCCGCGAAAGCUAACAAAAGAUCCAAAGAGGACAUCACAAAGAACAAGCGUAAGUCAGAGCCUUCAACGAACUCGGCGCCAGAUGUAGUCGCUGCUGCUGAGCUUACGGGAGCACUUCAGACUGAUGCUGCCCGGCAAAUGGGCGAUUCAGCUGUCUAUAAGUUCUAUCUUGAGUCAGCUGGCUGGCCCACGAUAAUUGCUUUUACAAUUGGGAUUAUUGUCUUUGCAUUUUGUGAUUCUUUCCCUAGCGUCUGGCUUAAAUGGUGGGCUGAAGCGAAUGAAGAGGAUCCCAACUCCGACCUUGGGAAAUGGCUUGGUGUCUAUACCGUUUUUUCGAUAGGGGCUUUUUCCUCAUGUCUAUUCGCCUGUUGGCAGCUGUUUAUCGUUGUCAUUAACCGAUCUGGUCUCUACUUCCAUGAUAUCUUAGUCAAUACGGUUGCACGAGCUCCUAUGUCUUAUCACACGACUACUGACAGCGGAAUUACUGUAAACCGAUUCAGUCAGGAUCUCCAACUGAUUGAUAUGGAGCUGCCAGCCUCGGCUCUAGGCGUGGUAAUAACGGUCUCUUUCGGUGUCGCGCAGUUUGUCUUGGUUUGCGCUUCAUCAAAGUACAUGGCUGCCGUCAUACCAUUUCUCUUAGCUCUGCUCUACGCAGUUCAGCACUUCUACUUGCGCACUGCGCGGCAGCUACGUCUCCUUGACAUUGAGUUCAAAGCUCCCCUCUACUCACAGCUCAUGGAGACUGUAGCUGGUCUGGUCACUAUUCGAGCAUUUCACUGGGAAUCGCGUUCUACUGCCAACUAUAUGAAGGUUCUGGAUAAGUCACAGCAGCCAAAUUACCUGCUCCUCUGUGUGCAGCGAUGGCUAGUGUUUGCAGUGAACAUCAUGAUCAUGCUACUUGCAGUGAUUCUUAUCGUCCUAACGACUACUCUACGAGAAAAGAUUGGACCCGGUUUCGCAGGUGUCGCAUUGAGCAAUAUUCUUGCAUUCAGUGCUACGAUGGAAGCAACCAUCAACAGCUGGGUCCAACUUGAGAUUUCUCUUGGAGCGAUUGCUCGUAUCAGGAGCUUUUCGAUGCAGACAAAGAGUGAGGAUGAUGAGGCUCUUGAUAUUUUGGCCGCAGAAGGGCGGAAUGUGCAGCUUAUUGAGCCAAAUCUCAACGCAUUGGACAGCACGUUUUGGCCGAGCAAGGGUCAUAUUGAGAUUGAAGCACUUUGUGCUUCGUACCCAUCGUCUGGGCGCGUUUUGAAUGACAUUACCUUAUCCAUUCAAGCUGGAGAGAAAGUCGGUAUUUGCGGUCGGACUGGAAGCGGAAAAUCUUCUUUAUUCCUGAGCCUGCUUGGACUUAUUGCUCAAGAUUCAGGUAAAAUUAGUAUCGAUGGCGUUGAUCUGGCGACCUUGCCUCGGGAAUAUCUACGCACUCGGAUUGUUGCCGUGCCUCAGGAAGCAUACAUCUUGGAGGGAACAGUGCGGCUGAAUGCUGAUCCUUAUCGCAACCAAGAUGAAGAUGCCCAAUCCACUGCAGUUGACUCUGGGAGGCGCGAUAAAGAAAUCGUCGCUGCCCUUGAACGAGUCGGCCUGUGGAAGAAGAUUGAGAGUCGAGGUGGCCUUUCCGCGGCUAUUGACGACAAGUUCUUUUCACAGGGAGAGGCUCAAUUGAUGAUCCUUGCUCGCGCAAUGUUGCGAGAGGGAGAAAGCAAAGUGUUGCUCUUGGAUGAGGCCACUAGUAGGCAAGUAUUCCAAUACAUCCCGAAGAUUGGCGAGCAGAUGAUACUAAGACUAUACUCCAGCCUGGAUGAAGCAACCAGCAAUGUCAUCAAUACCAUCAUUCGAACCUGGUUCAAAGACUGGACUAUCCUCGCCAUUGCACACAAAUUAGAUACCAUUCUUGACUACGACAAAGUCGCCGUCUUGGACGAUGGAAAGUUGAUGGAAUUUGACGCCCCACGAAAGUUAUUGUCUCAGCAAAAGUCUAUCUUCAAGGAUUUGUAUCUUGUGUCGACUAACCAAUAA